AUGGCAGCUCGACCCAACCAUUUCCUCGCUGGAAAGCGCAUUAUCGUCGUCGGCGCAAGUUUCGCCGGGUUAUCUUUUGUAUUAGCUUUAGAGCAUCUUUGGGGCCCCUCUAUCAAACUUCCCACAGUCACGGUGUAUGAGCUAGACACUCGUGACAAGUCUGUCGAGAAAGACCCAUACGUGUUGAAUAUCAAUGGCGCCCGCCAAGAUGAUGGAUUGGUUGCUAUUGAACAACUAGGUUUAUUGACUGAAGUCUACAAGCAUGGGACCCUCAAUGGCGGCGACAUUCGCGUGUGGUCUGAUAACUGGAAGUGGCUCUCAUCGAUCAACCCUACCGCAUACGGCAACCUGCUGGCAGCCACCAUACGCAUCACACGUGGGAACCUGAAGCGUAUUCUUGUGGGAAAAGCUGAGACCACCGGAAUAACCUUGAACUGGGGAUUGGCCUGCACGUCGGCUGAACGUCUCCUAACAGGGGCGAUUCGGGUCACCCUCUCCGACGGUACAACACAGGAUUGCGACUUCCUUGUUGCUGCAGAUGGCGCAAACAGCAAUAUCCGAGCUUGCUUCCGACCCAAUGACAUGAAGACCGAAUACGCUGGUGCAACCCAGAUUGGUGGUAUCUCACAUCUUCCGGGCGGAGUGCCCAAGCCUAUUGACAGGGACUUUGGGUUACAAAUGUCCUCUGGCGAAGGAGUCUGCUGUAUCUACAAUCCAUUUGAUGGAGAGAGAGUCGCCUGGGCUGUAAGUACUGUGGGACCGGAACGCAAGGCGAAAACCGACUUCACCGCAGAAGAAUUUCAAAUCUUGAAAGAAGAGGCCCUGGAUACGGCUUUCAUGUUCCAAGAGCCCUUUAAGACUGUCGUCCAGGGCACGCUACCUGGUACAGCGUUCAUUCGACCGGCCAAGGAGAAACACGCUUUUCGGCACGAUGCAAACCUUACGGGAGUUAUGUUCAUCGGAGACGCCAACCAUAUCCUCAGUCCCUUUGAAUUUGUAGGUGCGAACUUAGCCCUAAAGGAUGGCUGGGACUUGGCGGGGCAGAUUUGUUGUAACACUUCUAUGAAUGCUGCGGCUGCCUCCUAUGACCGGAUCAGCAUUCCUCGCUUUCAGAGUGCCUUCGAUUUUUCGCACGAGCGUAUUCAGUUCGGACAUUGUACCGGGAAGAAGUGGCUGUUUUAUAAGAUGUCGUUCGGAUUAUUGGAUAGAUGUGUACUGUAG